AUGGAACAAAAACAAUUUAAAGUGAUGAUGAUGUUCUUGGUAGCCCUAAUCUUCGCAUUGAUUAUCCAACCAUCAGAAGCUCAAGCUCCACCGCCGGCUGUUAUAUAUUGUGACACAGCCACGAUAGAAAGUGUACCGGGAUGCUAUGAUGCGUUGAGGAUCUUUGUGGGCACAGGAAGAAAUAUUUUUCCUAAUCCCAUUAUAAAAAGAGAAACACACAAAAGAUAUCUGGAUUUCACUAACUAAACUACUGUAUAUAUCUUUGUUUGUGGUGUUCCAAGAUUGAAGAAGAUUAGAAGAAGAAGAACUCGUGCCGUCCUUACGUCCCUCUUCGAGUGCCACCGCCUCUCCGAAGUCUUUUCCCCGUCGCUGAUCAUCAUCUCGUCGUCCAAUGGAUCCGCAGAUGCAGAACACUUGGUCGCCGCGAGUCCAAAACGCCGAGAAGGGAGGAGUAGUUAGCGACUUGGAACUAGCUGUAGGAGGAGUGAUUGAAGAAGAAGAGGAAGAAGUCUUGGUGAGCCCUUCGGGGAAAGACAUGAACUCCUCACGAGCUCAGCAUAAUGUCAAGGAAAAUCGCAAGAAUGGAGUGACCAGUUCUGACGACGAUCGGAUCACCUUUUACGCACUUGCUACCAUAAUUGUCAUCAACAAUCUCGUUGUAUCCAUCUUAGUUCUAUGGUUUGACAUCUUCCCCGACGCUGGCACCUUUCACAAGUUACUGUAUGUCUUGUUGGCUGCUGCAACCAUUCCAUACAUUGGUGUGCUAUUCAUAAUUUGCUUGUGCAACGAUGUUCCAGUCCCGAGUUAUCGGCUAGGAGCUGAGCGGCGGUUUGGAAUCUACGUAGCUACUAUGGUUGUCACUUAUUGCAUAUCCUACGGCGUCAAGGACAUUGAUGUGAUGAUUGAAAUGUCAGGACUGGUGACUACGUCUGUAACAGGAUCAUGGACGGCCCUUUUUGGUACCCUCUAUUACUUCAUCUCUGCCAUAUCUCUCGUCAAUUCCCACUGCUUGGCUGCUGAUCUUUCUGAACAACAACAGCGAGAACGCCAACGCCAACGCCGUCAGCAACCCCUUCUUCCAGUUUCCUCUUCUUCCAGUUCCACUCCCCCAUGUGCAUUCUUGUUAUAGUUGUAUAUCACUGCUUCUAUCUCUGAUUUUGUAGUAGUACAACUGACUGGAAUUCUAUUUGCUUGACGUUUGUUUAGUAGUUCGGAAAUGAAUGUCAUAUCGAAUUAAAAUACA